AUGCGCGCGGCGCACGGCUUCUUCGUGCCGGAACGCAAGUAUCUCGUUGACUUGGUCGGGUUGCUACGCUACCUAGCAGAUAAGGUGUCUGUGGGAAAUGUGUGCUUGUGGUGCAAUGAACGUGGGCGAACCUUCCACGAUCUAGGCGCAGUGCAGAAACAUAUGAUCGACAAGUCGCACUGCAAGGUCGCAUAUGAUACACAGGAAGACCAACUUGAGCUGAGUGACUUUUACGACUUUCGCAGUAGUUACGCCGACUACAAGCCGAAGAACAAACGCGCGGACGAAUGGGAAGAUGUGUCAGACGAUGCUAAUGACGGCCAAGGUGCAUUGAAGGAUGAGGGCGAGACUGUUUGGGAGGAUCUGACGGACGAGGAUGACGAUGAUGAUGAUGAUGAAAAUGACGGAUCGAUUCCGCCGCAAGACAACGGGGUGCGAUAUGGCGAUUCAGAGUACGAGCUUGUCUUGCCAUCUGGCGCACGUCUGGGGCAUCGGUCCAUGCAGCGUUACUACCGUCAGUCACUUUGGCAGACGCCUGCAGGCCAUGCCCGCGAGACUGCAUCGCCAGCAAAUGGUCGCGCUCUGGCACACCGCAUCGCUGGAGAGACGGGCGGCAUGCCCAAUAGCCUUGUUGUGCCGUCACGGGGUGGACAUGAGCUGGUGGCUCGGAACCGUGGCGAGGCCAAGGAAGCUACUCGACAUGUGCGCGAGUUCCGCGAUGUAAAGCGCCGUGAGCAGUUCAAAACCAAAGUGGGGUUCCGCAACAACCACCAAAAGCACUACCGCGAUGCCCUGCUCCAGUAG